AUGGAGAUAUCUGGAGUGGGUAAAUCGCCAAACUCCUCAUUAUCAUUCAGAUACAAUGCUAACAAUGAGGAGUUGGAAGAGUUGUGUUACCAGCUAUGCGAGGAUGACCCGCCCACACCACAGUGUGAUCCUCCUCCACCACAUAGUGAGAAUGCCAGCCCCAAAAGAGGAGAAAGAUCAGCUUCCAUCAUAGAUAAAUACUUUAAAUCAAUUCGUACAGAAAAAACAGUUGAGAAGCCAGAAGAACCUAAGCUAGUUGAGGUUAAACCGGUUGAAGAACAAAAAUUACCUCCUUUGCCGAAGGAGGCAUCUUCAUCACCAAUGAAGGAAUACCUGAACCGUCUUGGCAAACGCAGCACUUCAGAAUCAUCUCCUGAUGUAAAAGAGGGGAGCAAUGAGACAUGGAAAAUUUUUCAUGACUUCAAGUUUAAGUUAGCUCAAGCUGUUGAAGAUAUGAAAACCAGAUCAGUGGAAGAAACUAAAGAAAAAUCAGUACCUAGAGAGAACUCCACGUCAGAUUCGGAAGAAAACUCGGCUAUCAAGGAUUCGGACCAGCAGAGUGUAGGAGACACAGACAACCAGGUAUCCUCACUAGACAGCAGUAUGCAGAACUUAUCGGAAAUGACGCAACCGCUAACAGCCAAGGCCACUGAGCGAGAAUCAAGUGUUCCCGUUGAUAACAAGAUCUCGAAUUCCAGUGACGACACACACAAAAACUUUGUACACAACGAAUCGGCCGAAUUGACAAGAGAAUAUCUCAACGACAACAGCAUGAUGGAAGUGGAAUCUGGCAUAGAAGCUUUAGAAGACACGAUAGACGGCUUUGGCAGCAUCCAUAACAUUGACGCCCACUUUCAAGAUAGUAACCCUGUAGAAACAGAGCAGGUCCAAAAACCUCUAACCCCCAGCAACUUUGGCCUCCCACCCAGUAGAAGCAAUCUAAAAACUAAUAACAAAACUGAGGAUCCAAAGCAAUACUUUUUCAACUUUCCAAUGUAUUUACUCACAUUCCUCGUCUUUGUAAACUAUUUUCUUUUUCCUAAUUCAAAUAAUUGGAAUGGUUUCUUGUUAGGGCUAUGGACAUUUUGUUUCUCUAGUAACCUCAAGAGUUAUAUUCUCGAUACGUUCUUCACUGACUCAGAUCAAAAGCCUAGUGUACUUCAAAUGCAACGAAGUAGUGCUAUGCCGCCUACGUACACGAUUCCAGUUGUAAAGGAACACAGGCCUUUAAAGAAAUAUGAGGGUUGGAUCAAUCACUACAGAUUUCCAGAAUAUGACCCUCACCAGUACCACAUUAACAAGACCACAACGGCAUUCAUGAAGCUUGAAGGUUGUAACUUGAGGUUAUCUUAUACCAGAACCAAAAUACCAAAAAGAGCGUUGUGGGAUGAGAAGAUUGAAAAAGUUGCGUUUUAUCAACACAGGCUGUAUAAUUUAACUGGAGCUCGCGUUAUACUGCUGCCUAAGGGACUAGUGAAGAGAAGGCAGUGGAGCAAGAAAUAUCCAAUAUGCAUAAUAUUAAACGAAAAAGAAAAGAUUCAAGUCUUAGAGAAAGAGAAUUCUGCGACAGAGAAGAAAGCUACUGAAUCUCCUUCUGAAAAGAAAAAGGAACAACACGAAAUGGAAACUGAGACGAAUGCUAGCCCUGAGAAAAAAAAGAAAUUUGUUUGGAGAAGAAAAGAUAAGAGUAUUACUCAUCCGGAAGCAGAACCUGGGAAAGAAGGUCUCAGACAUAGACUAGUUCGAAAAAUGCACAGAGACAAAAAAUCUGACAUAACGACCACGGCUACUGGCACCGAACCCGAAGAAACUCAGAGCCAAAGCACAGUACACACGGACACGAUAGUGCUUGAAGAGCUUCACGACCCCGAUGUAGAUCUCGGGUCUAAUUCAGCUACCAGUACAAAGGAAGAAGUUGACGAAGAAAUUGAUGAAACUGAUUUGACUAAAAUAAAAGAUUUUUUGGAAGAAGCCGAGCGUGAAGCAGGACCUGACGCGUCGGAGGACGGCGAGUGGAGCGUGCGCGUGCGACACACAACGGACUCGUACUCGCAUCUAUAUCUGUUCUCGCGCACUGGACGCGACAAACACGAGUGGUAUCGCCGCUUUAUAAUAGCGAUAUCAGAAGCGAACUCUGCGUCAGCGGAAAACUCAACCACCGAGGACAAGACUGCCAGUGACGCUCCUGCUGAAAGUAAAGAAGGCGCCGAGAUGGCUAUAUAUAAACUCACUGAGAAAGAAACUGUUGCCUUUGCUAAGUCGACUAAUAAAACAGACUCCCUUUCUGAAGGCGGAGGGGUUACGAUUACAUCAUUCGCUCAAUCUAUUCCUGAGUCUGAUAAUUAUGAGAAGACAUUUUGGCCAUAUCUCCUUAAGAUUAUACAGAACAAGACUGUGUCCCCCGACUGCGAGUGUCGGUUGUUGCCGGCAGAAGUGACGUGGAUAAACGCCGUGUUAGCGAGGGUGGUUUUCGACAUCAUGCGGGACCCCAUCAUGAUUAAACGUUUACAGGACAGAAUACAGAGAAAACUCAACACGUUGAAGCUGCCGUCGUUCAUGUCGCCGCUGGUGGUGACGGAGCUGUCGCUGGCGGGCGCGUGCCCGCUGCUGGAGCGCGUGGCGGCGCCGGCGUGCGACGCGCGCGGCCUGUGGCUCGACGCAGACCUGCGCUACGACGGCGGCGCCUACAUCGCGCUGCUCACGCAGAUCAACCUCAUGAAGCUCAAGGAGAAGAAUGUCACGUUAGAAGAACAAUUAUUACCGCCCAAGAAACACUUAGACACUGGACGCCCCGGCAUAUUUACAGAGAAGCAACUGAGGAUGAGCAAACCAGCGAUAUUCGACAGCGACGUGGAAGACUCUGCGGAGUCGAGUAGCGACGACGAGAGCCCGUCCGUACACCCCAUCGACAGCAACGAGAACAUCGCAUUGGUAGACUUACCGCCAGCUCCUUCACAAACUGAACAAGGAGGUUCUUCUAAGAAAAAGUUUCUACGCAUGGUCGACAAAAUUGCCACAAAUAAGUACUUCCAACAGGUAACUGACUACAAAUAUGUGAAGCGAGCUAUGGAGGGACUCUCUAACACAGACAUCAAGUUACACCUAGAGAUCCACGGACUAGAAGGACGCCUCGCGUUUAAUUUACCACCUCCCCCGCACGACAGAAUGUGGGUCGGGUUCAGAACAAAUCCACAACUAGUGUUAAAAGCGCGGCCAGCAGUAGGCGCUCGCACUCUUCGCUUUGCCCACAUCAGCAACUGGAUCGAACAGAAACUCAGCAAGGAGUUCGAGAAAGUUUUGGUCCUUCCGAACAUGGAGGACAUUAUCGUUGACAUAAUGACUCCUACACCCGUACAAUUCGAAUAG